AUGAGGUACCUUCCUUUUGUUGCUUUGCUCUGCAAGACGGUAACAUGCUUAACCAAUGCUAGCUCACUUGUAGUGGUGACCGAUCCCUCGGUUGCUACUUCCUCGGAACCAUCGUCCUUUUGUCAGCGCAUUGGUUUACAGCCAUAUAUGCUACGGGCAGAAGAUGUUCCCAAUGUGAUGUCAGCUCUUAAGGCACGCAACAUUUCAAGAGCUGCAGUUGCUGGAUGGAAUGAUGAGAAAAUUGAAAUGGUGAUUGGUGCCAGUGCUGGUGAUGUGACUCCUUUAGCUCCUAUCAAUCGUACUACGCAUGUGCUCUGCAUGCAAGGCGGUUCAGCACCUACUCCGGUUGCUCCGGGACCAGUUGUUCCUUCCACUCCUUCAGCCCCAAUUGCUCCGGUUGCUCCGGGACCAGUUGUGCCUUCCACUCCUUCCAUCCCCUGCUCUCCUUGUGCCACAGCACCCUGUGCUCCUCCUAUGAUUGAGAUCAAGGACAGUACUGUCUGCCCUUCAGUGUGCUGCCUGCCCAAGAAGUGCGUUGUAAAGAGAAGAGCUUCUCCUUGCGACUCCCCAUGUGUGGCAAACUACUCCCACAGCAAGGUCUACAUUGUUGACGAACUAACUGUUUCCUGCGGUAACUUCCUAAGAAUAGUUGAAACCAAAUGCAAGCCUUUCCGUAAAGAAACCAUCUUUACCAUUGCUAAGACUCUUCCCCACUCAGCUUCUCUGCCUUUCCCUAACGUCCUUCGCAAUGCUUCCUUACUUCACCGCAUUCUCUGCAAUGCUCGUGACAAGUUCGGCCAGUGCGGAUGUGUCUGCUUGUUCAUUGACCACUUCAACAACAUCUUCAUUGCCGUAGACAAUGAGUUCUACCGAGUUGUGAUUAGACGACCAUGCUUACCCAUGCCGCCUUUCCCAAUGCCAAGACUUCCAGGUCGCUUCCCCUUCCCGCCCUUCCCCUUCCCAAGGCCAUGCAUGCCAGCUUGCCCGCCUCAGCCAUUCAACUGCUCACCUUGCGCUAAGCCAAUUAAGUGCAAACCAAGCAACCCCACUGAUGCUUGCGGCAAACCAUGCCCACCAGACUUUAUCUUCUGCAAGGUAAGCUGUGAAGCAAUGAUCCCAAUUAGAAGAAGAGGUCUUUAUGCAGUACUUUUCUCCAGAUCCCUUGACUACUAA